CGGCGGGCGGGGCGAGCGGCGCGGGGGCGGUUCCGGGCCGAUGUCCGCCGUCACUGCUGCUUCCUCGGCGGGCCAUUCGAAGGCGAUGCUGGAGGCCGCUGCCGGUCCCUCGGCGGGCGGGCAGGACCCGAUGGCGCUCUGCCCGGAGCUGGAGUACUCGCUGUCGCUGCUGGAGCCGGGCGGCGGCCGGGCCGAGCGGCAGCAGCGAGAGCGGCGGGCGGACGCGCCCCCCAUGCCCAUGGUGUUCAUGUGCGCUGGCUGCAAGCGGCCCGUGGGCGACACCUCGAGCUGGGUGUUCAACGACGAGGAGAGAGGCUGCAUCCUGCUGCGUAGUGCGGCCGCCAGCGUCGCCGUGGACCCAGAGCGGAAGGUCUCCAAUCUGCCCGGCGAGUGCGGAUGCAUGGUAGAAACCUUAUUCUGCUCUGGCUGCUCAACGACACUUGGCAGCAUCUACAGGUGCACCUCAAGGAACCUCGACUAUAAGAGAGAUUUGUUCUGUUUCAGUAUUGACUCCAUUGACAGCUAUAUUCUAGGAACCCCAGGACAGCAAGCUGUUCUUCAUGAGGAACCGCUUACUCUUGAAAGUCGAGCUGUCUUGCAGGAGGUGCUGGAAAGGGUGGAUGUGAUAUUCAAAGCUCUGGAGACAAGGCUGAGCACCGUCGAGUCGUGCGUGGCUGCUCUGCACAGGCAAGUGUGACAGGAAAUACUCGCUGAGCUGCAGGAGAAGGGCGAACGUGAGCCUUGGCCCUGCCAUCCUCUUUAUUUUUCUUAAUAAAGACUUCUGAUCAGACAAUCUGUUGAUUUCUGGUUUAAUGUAAAUAUUUAUUUAAAUGUUUGUCUCUGAAAGCAAAACAUUUAUCUCCUGACUUCCCUGCUAUCCAGUAUCUGCUGAACUAAGCUAAGGAAAAACCUCCCUGUGAUUCUGUAAUUUUCAAAAGAGCGGCAUUAAGUCACUUAUGUUUUUCUUGUCUCCAUAGCUUUAGCUUGUCUCGUGCUCAAAGAGAGGAAUGACUCAAGAACGAUAUGUGGUGAAUUGUUAGUUUGGCAGGGUCUUUUUGCAAGUUCAGGGAGAAAAUGUGAUGUAAGAAAAGGCUUUUUUUGCAGCAUUAGAUUUUUGCAGCAUAGCAGCUUUUCAAGCUUUCUAAGUAAGUCACCUCAUUCCAAUUUAAACUCUCUUAAAAUAUGCUUGAUAUGUUUUUUUUUUUUUUCAUUAUUAUGUUAGUUUUUGUUUUGGUUUGAUUUGGCUUUCUUUUUUGCCUGGCUUAGGAAAAUUUAACCGAUCUCACUUUUUUCUUCUCCAGUUGAGUGUAGUGUUAUCUUCUUAAUUCAAAAAACAUUUGCUGUAUGGAAAAACCACCUUGCCUUGUGAAGGGACAGGUAGGAACUGUUUUAAUGGCCAGUGCCACAGCCCUGUAGCACACAGAUUCCCAGGAAGUUGGGAGCCCUCUGCCAGGCAGAUCCACCUGGCCAGGUUCCUGCGGGUGCUGCUGCUGUACCCGACUGAUGAGGUGAUAACCAGCUUGGCUUUUUUGCCAAAAUAAAACUUAUCCAUUUUCUUAUGAAUUCCCAGCAAAUUGGUCCCAAAGGCUUUGUCACUCAGUCUCUGCUUCCAUUGGUGUGGAGAGGUUGGAUCCCAGUUAUCACCCCAGGAGUGCCCCUGCAUCUUUUUUCCCCACUUUUCUGUUCCAGUUGUGCGAAAUACUUGGGCUUUGUUUUUUUCCCCUGCAGUUCACUGCAGAUCCCAAAAAAACUACAGGAGGGAAGAUAAUUACUUGUGCUUCCACCAUCAGACUGUACCUGCUGAAAGGCUGAGGUGAGAGCAGGAUCUGUAAAAUCCCUGACUCUCCGUGUCUUCCUGAGGCUGAAGCUGUGUUUGCUGUCAGUGACAACAUGGUGGAAGAUGCUAAAGACUGAAAACUUCAGGUUUUUUCCCCUGAAUCCCGAGACUCUCUGCAGCUGUGCCCUGUCUAUCUCUUGAAAGAGUUUCUGGGUGUACAAAACUUUUUACAUCCUGCAAUAUUUAUCUAAAAUUCAUUUAAAAAUAAUCAUACUGUAUCAAUGUGGUGUUAAUUACUUUUUUUGAGUUGGUUAAUUAAAGCAAAUUAUUGAUAA